AUGCAAAUAUUGACAAUAGCUUUGAGCCUUGUUGCUUUCUGUUUUGUACCUAUCGAGGGUGGUUUGAAAAAACGCCACGGAUACGAAUAUAAGCAAUCACCUUCUGUACAUUUUGAAGCUCCCAAAGAGGAAUCAUCACAGGGGUAUUAUGAAUAUAGUCAAGCCUCUCAUCCAUCUGGAUCUGGAUCUGGAUCUUCAUCAUCGUCAUCUGGUUCUUCAAGCAAACCCAGUGGCUACAGCAUUGGCAGUGGGUUAAGGUCAAUAGCUCAAGGAUCUGCAAAUCAAGCCCACUCAGCUGUAGCCAAUCAACAUGCUGCCGCCAAACAAGCCGCAUUCAUUGCCAAAAAUACUUUAGCUCAAGCUGCAGUUCAAGCUGCGGCCACAGCCCAAGCUGCAUUGGCUGGCAAACAAGUUAUUUUGCAGGAAUUAGAGCAACAAUCUUCAGAGGCACACAGGUCUUUGGCCAGAGAGUUGGAACAGUUGCAAUCAGCGAAAGUUGCUGCAAAAUUGUCCCAACAUACCGCACAAGUAGCCAGUAAUCAUGUAUCUAUUUUGGUGUCGGCUGUGAACGAUGCCAAGACUGUUGCCGAAUAUGCUGAAAAGGCAUCCUCAGAGGUGGCUAAUCAAUUGGCAUCACAAUCGUCUAUGGUGGGGCAGGCAAAACAACGUCUUGAUGCUUUGCAGGAACAACUUAAAGAUGCCCGGAUUGAUUAUGAAGCAACUAAAGAGGCAGCUUUGAAGGCAUCAUCUUCGGCUUCGGAAGCACAGGCGAAUGCCUCACAAGCUGGUGCUAGAGCAACAAUAGAAUUGCAUGAAAGUGUAAGCAACACUGAUCAGGGGGGUGGUGGUUCGUAUGAAGAAUCACAUCCUCAACAAAAUGAACACGAAGCAAUUGAGGUACCGAGUGGUUAUAGUGGUAGUCAUUAA